UUGUUGGGUGCGCAGGACGAGGUCCUCUUUGAACAGGCCUACUACCCACGGCGCGGCCCCCUAGCCAAGACGGAUAAUAUUGCUCCACUCAUAAUUUGAUAUAAGCCUCUGAUUCAAUUACACGUCCUUUUGGCCUUCUUGUUCUUCUUCAACUGGGAUUUAUUGACUCUGUAAUUGCAUUUACCUUGGUGGUCUACAACUGGCGCCGUCCAAAAGUGAAAACCCAGCCAGGUGCCCCUUCAAAAUGGACUAUUCCUAUCUGAAUCAGACUAAUUUUGAUCCCAUGUCAGCAGCUGCGGCUGCGGCAGUGGUAUCGGACAAUGCAUUCUACGGUGAUCUUCCAACAUCUUGCCACCCACAUCCCAAUGGAUCCUCAUCGCUAAUGAAUGUGGCAGCCUCGCAAUAUGGCCGUUUCCAUUCGAGCCCUAUGCGGAAUCAUUACUCAACGGGUCCAAGUUCUGCGGCCGGUUUGACCUCGGCUCAAGCAGCUGCGGCUGUUGCUGCAUGUGGAGUGAUUGGAAGGACUGAAGGACACCCACAUCACCAUCAUGGUCAUCCGAGAGCUCCAUCCAUGUUCCCAUCGUCCAUGAACCUGAACGCUCCUGGUUUACCGUAUAAAGUGUAUUCUGGUCACGAUGGUGUCCUAACGGAGAAAAGGAAGCAACGCCGGAUUCGAACAACUUUCACAUCUGCUCAGUUAAAAGAAUUGGAGAGAGCUUUCCAGGAAACCCAUUAUCCAGAUAUUUAUACCCGAGAGGAAAUUGCCAUGAAGAUUGACCUCACGGAAGCCCGAGUUCAGGUAUGGUUCCAGAAUCGUCGAGCCAAGUUUCGUAAAACGGAACGCUUGACUCAGCAUCGACAACCCAAGGAUGCCGACGGCGGAGGCCAAGAAAAUGGUCAAUUGAUUAAGACCGAGAGUGACUCGAAAGAUGAGGAUUGUCGAUCAGUGUCCAGUCAUCCUCCUACUCCUCCCUCCUUAUCGUCAGAGGGUCUUUCACCUUCAAGGGUGGCCACAUCCGGAUCCACCAUCAACAAUGAGGUCAACCUCUCCACCACUCAAAGUUCGGGAAAUGUUCAUCAUACUCAAAACGCUCCACCCCACUUGACGAAUUCGCAUCUCCAUUCACACUCAUCCGCGUCUGACCUUUUGCUCGACAAUGGUAAAUUACGUUCCUAUCAAGACGACCGCCUCCUCAAUGAGAAAUGGGCUUCAGUGUUCUCGAAUUCUGAGAGCACUGAAAAUGCUCUUCGCCGCCAACAGCGAUCCAUGGCCUCGUCGUUUAGUACCAAUGAUUAUCUACCUCCCCAAUCCCAUCUCCAUGCGUUCUUCGGUGCCAACAACCACGGAGCCCAUCAUGGACCACCCCCAACGGGGAUGUCGCACUUCGUGGGAGCCGAUUCUAAACCCAUGUCCAUCUCUUGAGUGUUCCCAUAUCAAACAAUCAACCUGUAACCCGACAUUACCGCUACUACGAUUAUCAUCAUCCUCGUUAUUAUGACUAUUUUAUCAUCAUAAUUAAUAUUAUCAUUCGAAUUAUCAUUGAGAUUGUACUUAUCACUAUUAUCAUUACUACUACCAAUACUAAAACUGCUAACAUUCUUAUUGUCAUCAUCUUUAGUUUUGUUGCUACUGCUCCAUCAAUGUGUGCCAAUAAAAUCCAUAUUCCUUUAA